UGCUUUAGCGUGAUGUAUACGAUGUUGCUUUGCUUUGCUUUGCUCUUCUGAGAGUACGCGUAUACUCACUGGGCGCCCCUCUUACGAUGCUGCCCCCUCCUGGAUGAUGAACCCCAAAAGGCUCAUUGCUUGGCAGACCAGCAUCAAAGCAAGAAAUCGACCCGUGUUUGCGGCCUGCGGAAAUUGAUUGGCAGACAACUCCAGCGAUGCGGCCGACAGACUGCGCAUCAUUGAUGCAGCUUCAACUUGGGCCCGCUGUGAUGAAAAGAGCCCAGUUUUUGCCGUGGAUGUGCUGCAUGUACCGGUACGGCCGCAGCUCAGGUCCCCCUCCAGCAAUUACAGGUCCCAUGGCUGGCGUGUUGCAAGCGAAGCCCCCCACAAACAACGUGGGACCAGGCCAGGAUGACCGACCACCUGGCUCCCUGCUAUCCUGCUUCAUGCGCCCUGAUGGCCUGUACCUGUACCCGGACCUGGAUGCCCCAAACUGCCGCAUCGUCCUUCUCCUCUUCCGACCCUCUUCUGCCUCCUCAAUAUCGAGAAUCCCUCGCUGGUUGAGAAGCGUCUGGCUGGGCCAUCGUCCGACAACAAGACACAGCACAGAGCACACGGCACAGAGCACGCAGCAGUGCAAGCUGCUCGUAUCAUCUCCCCCCAUCCCAAUCCUUGAGCGCCUUCGCUCGCCAAUCCUCCUCCCCCCCAGUUCUUGUUUUCUCGCUUGCGUUAACCUUCACUCUUUCUUUCUUUCUCUCAUCACCAGCUGCAAAUUGCUGCUGCUGCUGCUAACUAUUCGAUUCCCCGCUUUCCUUAACUUUUCUUUUCCCUUGUUGAUUUAUUUUUUUAUACUUUUUUUUUCUCUUCUCUCUUUGCCGUUGUGCCUGUUCUGUUCCCGGUGAAUACUCGCCAUUUCUCUCCGUAGGUACGUUUCUGCUGUUCAUUCACGACCACCGUCUUUCCCAGAUAUCUGCACAUCGUUCGAUUUUCAAAAAUCCUCUUUCGAUCUACAUGUUUCAUGCGAACCCUGAAACCUCAAAAUUCCUGCUCUACACCAGCUCAAAUGCCCAAAACUGCCCCGGCCACCGACUCACCCAUCACAGACACUCUGCCUCGUCCUUCUAGCCUUUUGCAGCGUCUUCGAGAAACCGUGACACAAGACAGCCGCUGU